CAUUUUGAUUCUAUGUUAGUAUUCAAAGUGUAUAACCUUACUUUUUUAUUUAUAACAAAAACAAAGUAAUAAUAUUAACAACAGUCACUUGGACUUCAUAAAUUAUCUCAUUUUUUGAAAGCAAUUAUUCUAUAAUGCCGUUCAACUCUUUUGAAGAGUUGAGAGAGUUUAUUAAAAUUAAAGCAGUAAAAGAAUUUACUAAAUUUUACAUUGCUGAUAGUGAGAGUAUUGAACAUGCAAGAAAAAUAAGAAACGUUACACGGCCAAUGAAUGAUGCACUUAAAUAUUAUAAAGUUGUAUAUAAAUGCAGACAUGGAGAUAAAAGGAGAAACGGAGGAAUAAAACAAAGCACACUGAAGAAGGACUGUCCCUUCUUCUUACAAAUUGGUGUUUCAGAAGAUGGCCAAUCACUGCAAGUUAAAAGAUUUGAAGAUAAACACAAUCAUGGACAUGAUAAGGUUUCAGUUGGUCCGAAGGAACCUUGUGAGUAUUGUGGUUCUUUGUUUGUGAAAAGAUAUUUUCCGACGCAUCGUCGAUAUUGUUUUAAAAAUACAGAUGCAAAAGCAUCAUCUUUCACGUGUGACAUCUGUGGCAAGACAUUCAAGAGAAAAGACUACCUGAGAGAACACAUAAAACGCCAUGACAAAGCAACCAAACCUGCAUCACUUUCCUGUAGUCUCUAUGAAGACUCCAAUGUAGCAGUCCUGAACGAACAUGAGACCAAACCCGCUUCACUACCCUGCCACUUCAAAGGCUGCAAAAAUACAUUCUAUACGUUAUCUUUACUUGUACACCAUCUCCGUAAUGUACAUAAUGCUCCUUUGAAAGAUUCACAAACACUAAGUUUUGAAAGUGAGAAACUGUUCUUUGAAUGGAAAGAGGAAGAAGAAGCCAGAACUUUAUCAUUCUUUCCAAAACAUAGAAGUACAAAUACAAAAGAAGGUACUACUAAAUACUUCUAUUGCCAAAAACAUGGAUCUGAUAGACCUCAUAAAAGAAGAGGUGAAGUGGACAGAAAGACUGAUAAAAGAUAUUCACGUGGUCGCAUAAAAACAGGCUUAGUUUGUACAUCGUUCAUCAAGGCACAGUUUUUAGCCAAUGGGAAUGUGAAUGCCGUUUAUGAACCCACUCAUAAUCACCCAAUUGAUCCAUUAGCCUUGCAAUACCAACCUAUGUCUACGGAUUUAUGUAAUUUUAUUGAUUCUCUUCUUGAUGAAGGAGCAUCUCCGCUUCAAAUAAGAGAAGAACUGAGAAGUAGGGCUUCUGGAAAAGCAGACUAUUUCAAUAUUGAAAAAGAACACUUCAAGGAAUAUCAUGUUUCACUAAAACGUAUUAAAGAAAGAGCUCGAAGACGAAAAUAUCGUGAAGGAAAACUUUCCGAUGCAGACGAUGGUGCUACUUCUCAACCAAAAGUUCUCAUUGACACUGACGAUAUUGAGGAUACACAGUCAUCCUUUUCAGACGCAGUCAUGGAGCCGACUACUCCGCCCACUGAUGGUGAUGAUGAUGAUGAUGAUGAUGAGGGCGAGGGCGAGGAAGAAGGCAGGCACCGCCACAGAGAAGAGCUUGGUAGAGAUAUGUUACACACAUUAAAAGAAAUAUCGUUAUUCAUUGAAACCAACAUUCAUUCAACUGAUAAGCUGCCUGACGACAUUAUGGAUAAAAUUAAAGCUGGUCUGGAUGCCACGUUGAGAUUGUGCAAGGGCAGUUUAGAAGAAAACGAGGAGACGCCACCAAUGGAUGCUAUGUCAUUGUGCAAUGUCGAUAUUAAAGAAGAAAUCCCGGAUACACCAUGAAUGGAUGCUACAACAUAAUUUACUCCAAAUGAUAAACUCAAAACGCACAUCACCCAAAUAAUGAUCCAGUUGAAGCAGCCUACGGACAGGAGAAAGCCACUGGACAUUGUGGCUGUAGCAGCUAAGAAGAAAGCUGGGACAAACAUUCGAGAUCAAUCGCCUUCAUGAUACUGUAACAGAUCUCCCAAGAAUUUCCUAAUAUCUUGUUUGUCAAUUAUUGCGUUGGUUGAUGAGUAGCCUUCUGAGAUACUGAGUACUAAAAUUACGUGCAAGCUCAUUUCAUUAUUACAAUUAGGUCGGGAGCUGUAAUUGUAUACGUAAUUGUGUAACUAUAUAUUUAUAAAGUGGUGCUUGACAAAGAUGAUUAGCUCUUUAUCACAAAUGGAACAACUAGAAAAUUGAAUAAUAUGCUCUUUCAAUUGAUAUAUCUUGAGCAUUCAAUUGAAAACUAUUUUUAGAUGAAAGCUGAGUAUUGAUAAUAAAGUACCCCCAGUCUUCUGAAGAUUGGACCCAGCGCAGUGCUUUGGAACGCGCCCAAACUUGACAUUCAAGGUGAAAAGGUACUGUUGUUGAAGUGAAAAUGGUGAUUCAUAAGAUUAUUUAUAAAUCAACAGUUCAGGGUUAGGAUUUUAACUUUGCAAGAAAUUGAAAAUAUUCGUUCUGGUAAUAUUGUUAAAAAAAUAUGCUUCUGAACAAUAUUUUUCCGAUUCAAAGUUAUAUUUGAUUAUACAGUGGUUUAUUAUAUAAAUAAUUCAUAUAUCCUAGCUUUAGUGGGCUAAUAGGAAUUAUUAAUUUUAUGUAUAUAAUGUUCAUUUUUUAUUAAAAAUUGUUAUUCGAUGAUUUAAAGAAAAUUUAUGUUCUUUGUUUUUUAAGUGAGUAAAAUGAAGAGCUUAUGCAUUGUUCAAAUUUCAAACAUAAUUUAGUAGAGUUUACAAAAAAUCAGUGUAGUUUUUAAAUUUCAGUAAAACAUCAAGACUCAAAAAAUGCCAAAAUAGCAAGUGAGAAUAAACUGAUGAAGGAAUUUUUGAAACUACUCAAUCGUUCCACAAAAAUUAAAUAAAAAAAACUCACUUAAUUAAAAAACUCCACUUACAAAACUUUUCCUGUUCUGCAAUGGAUGAAGCUGCAAAAUCUUCCUUGAUCAUCUUACAAACUUCCACCCAACUUUUGGCGACUUAUUCUGGUCCUUGUAGGUGUCGAGACUUUUAUCCCAAAAAGCAGGUCGGUUGUAGACAGCAGUCACAGCACAGCAUUUUAUCAACAGCUUCACAUCUAAAUCAGCCAUCAUGUAAUGACUGGUGACAAGCGUCACCUGGGGAUGGAAGCGAGAGCUCCUCAAGUGAAUGCCCCCACUCAUCCUUUGGAAUUUCAAGGAGGAGGCGUGCUCCUUGGACCUAGCUCCGCAGUGCAGGCUGGAUGCUUGUCUGACUCAGACUAGGCGCUGAGACAGCAAAUAAUAGCGGCGUUGGUGGGAAUGCGAGCGGCCGCAGUAACAUCUUCCACCCAGCAAUGGUCGGCGGACAAAGUUCCAGCAAAGUUCCGCCUAGCGGACAGACGAAAGAUCAAUCCAGUCGGUUAUUUGAUCCCUCCAGCCAGGCUCAGCCAAGCAGCCGAGACAAUAGAACAAUGGAGUGGCGGUCUUAUUCGCAUUCAUCAUCAGUUUUCUUUCUCAAGAUUAUUUUGAUUUUUGUGUUGCCUAUAAACUCCAGUCACCAGUAAAAAGUUUCCAGAAACGUGGUGUACUACCAUAUUAAUGACUUUUCAUGAUGAUUUUUAAUUAUUUAAAAACAUUAUUGACAUUCUGAGCCUUCAGGCUAAACUUGGGGUCGCUGAGAACGAAUCUGCAAUCAGAAUUUCUCUAUCACGAAAAAUAACGAAAAAAAUCCAGCUGAUGAUCUUCCGGCAACCGUUAAUAGUCACCCUGCAAUGCGGCGCUAGGUUGACUGCUGUCGGCUUCAGAGUAGUAAAACUCCCGCUCUUCGUCUGAAAACUGCGUUGGACUCAAUGUAUUCUGGUUUGAGAUCCCUCCUCUCUCGGGAGUAAGAGCCGUGAAACCCUCCGUGUGAAAGGGCCUAUGUGAGUGUAAUUCAGAUUUUUAUCUAAUUGGUCUAAUGAUGCUGUGUGUGAGAUUAUGAACACCAUGGGUUUAUGAUAUAAAAUAUUAUAGACUAUAUUACACCAUGAGUAAUUUUCACGAUGGUGUCUCAAUGCACCUUGCAUUAAUUAACUAGAAAAAAAUCUUGCACCUCCUCCAAGGUACAAUUGGAGAUCAUUUGGAAAAUCAGGAUGCUUUUGAUAAUUCCAAUUUUUACUCGUAGAUAAAUAGAAAAUAUAUAUAACGAAAGACAUUCCGAAUUGACUAUCAAAUAAGAUAUUCACAUUUUAUUGUUAUAAUGCUGCGCUGAUAAUUAAUUUUUCAUUCUCCAAUAUUAUGCUUGUUCCAUUUAUUACGGUAUUAUUUUUUAAAGCAUUUACAAACGGAAGUAAUAUAUUAGAAAAAUGUAAAAUAAAAAUAAAUUAAUUUUUGAAAGAUAGGUAAUUUAUGUAAGAAUUUAGAUAAAAAUGAUACUGCAACAAAUGAAAUGAAAAUAUUGAGCAAAAAAAAUUAAAAUUAAUUUCUAUAAAAUUGAUUAUAUGCAAUAUUACAUAAAAAUUGUAAAUCUAGAGCAAAAAUUUGUAGGUGUAAGUUACUAUAUGUUUUGAUUUUAGUAAAAACUUUAAACAUA